AUGGCUGGCGAUGGUUACAUUCGUAGGUUUACAAAUCGUUGUGGACUGAACCGGAUAGAUUCCAAUGCUUGGGCAUUGACUGCUAAGAAAUUCUGUAAUGAGAUGAACCCUGAAAGUUUCACGGGACCCCUCUCCUGCGCGGACUUCCACCCGGCGAGCUUGUUAUCGGGUUCGAAGCUCCACAUCCAGUUCCUCCUGUUCACCUCUUAUCCCAGCUGCGGACAGCUGCUGUCGAGCAUUGAGGGCAUCCGGAACUCCAGCUUUGACGCCAAACUGGGAACGAAAAUAGUCAUCCAUGGUUUUAGGCCGCUGGGCAACAAGCCCUCCUGGAUCAACAGGCUCGUCGGGGCCUUGCUGAAAGCAGCCCCGGCCAAUGUGGUUGCGGUGGAUUGGAUCCACGGGGCCACAGCCAACUAUAAUAGUGCUGUGGAAAACGUUACCAAGCUGGCCCUGGAAAUCUCCGCCUUCAUCCAGAGGCUGCGGGCCUUAGGAGUACAAGAGGCAUCCAUCCACCUCAUUGGAGUGAGCCUGGGAGCACACGUCGGGGGUCUGGUGGGCCACUUCCACAGCGGCCGCCUUGGAAGGAUUACGGGUCUGGAUCCCGCAGGGCCCAAGUACACCAAAGCCAGCAAGGAAGAGCGGCUGGAUCCUGAAGAUGCUGUUUUCGUGGAAGCCAUUCACACAGAUGCUGACAAGUUUGGGAUCGGGAUCCCUGUCGGCCACAUUGAUUAUUACGUCAACGGAGGGGAUGACCAGCCCGGCUGCUCCAGCUCCAUCACGGCUGCCUAUAAAUCUAUGAUCUGUGAUCAUGUGAGGGUUGUGCCUUACUACAUCAGUGUCUUGGAGGACUCCUGCCCAUCGAUGGCUUUUCCCUGCUCCAGUUACCAAGACUUCUUAGCUGGCCACUGUGUGUACUGCACGGACUCGAGUUUGCCUUCCUGCCCCACUUUAGGACUCGUGGACAACGGUGGACUCGACAUGAAGCCCCUGCCCAGAGAGGUGAAAGUGUACUUGGCCACGGCAGCCUCCGCACCAUUCUGUGUGCACCACAGCCUGGUUAAAGUCUAUUUGAAGCAGCUGAGAACAUCCGAUACCGCCAUUGAGAUCAAUUUCUGGGGCAGAAACGCUACGUUUAGCGUCACCGUCACUGUACCCAAGCUGCAGACCGUGGGCAAGAACCUGGCGAUUCACUCCAUGCCGCUGCACCAGGCGGAGAAGGUGACGUUCCUCUACCACUCCAAGAGCUGGAGAAGGAGCAAGGACGACGAUCCAGUCAUCAGCCAGUUUUGCGUCGCCCCCCUUCCUUUGGAUCCAGGUGAGGCCAUGUUCUGCAUGCCUGAGACGACGAUUCUGACUGGAAAAACGAGUCCUUUCUAUGACUUCGGUGUUUUAUAUGAGACUACCACAGUGCCCCUAGAGGACGCAGAGACAAUGACGGGACCAUGACAGUGAAGUGCGCUGGAAGCUGUUUGUGCCCCUCUUCUCUGCCCUGAAGACAGAGGCCUGGGAACGUUGCGAAUGUGUGCUUGAACCAAUCCCACCAACACCUACAAUGCCUCUGUGUCUCCACCCGAAGCUGCUGAAUUUUUUGCAGUCACGAAGACGAGAUGCAACGUGAGCAGAGGGGUGGGGCGGGGUCUAUCUGGAAGCAUCUUCCUCCCGCUGAGUUCAGUCCAGACGUACCUUAUUCCUUGCUGGAACCGAAAUCUGAAAAGACCGGCUUGUUGCAGAACGUAACAGCAGCCCUGCUGGAUUACACCCAGGGUCCAUCAAGCCCACCGUCUUUUUCCGCAUCACAGCCGUUAGUGCAGGUAGGUAAAAAAACCCUUCCCCUGUGUUUGCCUCCCAACAUGGGAGGUUGCGUUUAGGCAUCAUGGUUCACAGCCAUCGAUGGACAUGAUUCUCUACGAAUUUGUCUGUUCUCCUUUUCAAUGCAACUAAACUAGCGGCCAUUGCUACUCCCCAUACUGGUGAGUACCAUGGGUUAAAUUACUCUUUCAGCAGUGCAGGGGUUCCUUUCCCACCAUCCUUGAAUCUACAUCACUGAGUGUCCGUGACGUAUUAUUGUGUCCUCCCCUAGGGCCAAAUUAGAUGCGAAAGCAUCCAUUUCUCUGUUUUAUUAACUUCUUAAACCAUGGCUUUUAUCAUUUGUGCUGUUGUUAUAUAUUCUGUUUUCUUUCUUUUUUGGGGUGGGGGAAUCUGUCGUUGCUGUUUUAACUGUUCCUUUCUUGUGACUUGUGAUGCUGUUUUCAUCGGCUCGCUGUUUUCGUUGGACGCAUCCCAAAUAAAACCAGCAUGUCAGACAGCA